AAAUAUUGUUUAAAUUUGUAAGAGGCAUAUAAUAAUUUAAAUAAAAUGGUAAAGGUGCAGAAACCGCAACCAAAAACCCUCAGCAAGGGCCCAGGCAAAGAGGCCGGUGGUGUUACCAAAAAGACAAAGGUGGAUAAAAGCAAAAAGUUAAACAAAACAGAAGCCAUCAAAACCGCUGCUUUGGAAAAGAAGGAACAAAAACCUGCAACGAAAACCACCAAGCCGGAAAAAAAAGUGGCGGAAAAGCAACCAAAAGCCAGUAAGAAGCCAUUAAUAUUGGCUCCUGCGGUGUCGCCCACUCCGGAGAAAAAGCCCAAGAAGAGCAAAUUAGCUGCGGACCCUGCUUCUGUUCCUGUUGCUAAGAAGCCAUUGAAAUUGACUACAGUUUUGCCCGAAGUAGAGAAAAAGGAUGCAACAAAAAAGCAAAAGAAGACUGCUCCAGCUACGGCAGCUGCGCCAGUAAAAAAAACAGCCGAAAAGUCUAAGAAGCCGGUCAAGGAAGAGGCUCCAGCCACGACUGCUACGCCAGUAAAAAAAACAGCUGAAAAGUCUAAGAAACCAACCAAGGAAGAGGCACCAACAAAGAAGUCUUUGAAAACAGCUGCAGCUGAGGCAGCGGUUGAGAAGAAGAAUGAGUCAAAGAAACAAAAAAAAGCAAAUGGGCCAGAGACACCAGCUGUUGUUAAAGCACCGGCAAAGAAAGCUACCGAUAAGCCCAAAAAGGUGGCGAAAGCUGUUGCUUCCGUUCCAGAGUCAACCGCUCCUACAGCAGUCAAGAAAACCGGUGAUAAAACCAAGAAGCCCGCCAAGGCUGCAGUACCUGCUCCAAGUGUAGUAAAAAAGGUUGAAGAUAAAAAAGAGAAAAAGCAGGUGAAACCGGCAGCUGUUGCUCCCGUUGUUGCCCCUGUUGCGGCAGAUAAAAAGAAGUUAACCAAACCCGAGACCAAAUCCAAACCGCAAAAGAUUUCCAAGUCCAUUAAACCAGGACAAUCUCCGGUCAAAAAGGCUGGGAAGCCGAAACCCAAAUCGAUUGACAACAAGAAAGCCAAGAAAAGUAAACCCAAGAAGAAGGAACCUCUCGAAUUGAAAUUUGAAUUGAACCCCUACGAUGAACAGAAGUUCCAGGACAUUGUUAACGAAUCGAAUGUCCUAAAGGUGUGUGAGGCUCUUAAGACUCAAGUGGAAACGGAGGUUAAGAAGCAAAAGUCGACUUCUAUCUUUAGUGACUAUCGGUAUAUACUACAAGUGACUAGCUACAAGAUUCCAAGCUGCCCUAAGCGUAUGGUCAAGCUGGAUUUGAAGCAUUCCCUGGUUGGCAGUGACGAUGAUGUUGCCAUUAUUGUCACCGAUUUGCAGCGUGGUGCCAAAUUCGAGACUGAGCCAACAGUUCAGUACUAUGAGGAUUUGCUACGAGAAGCUGGCGUUGAGCAACGUCUUACUGUGGUGCCAUUCAAUCAGCUACGCAAUGAAAUGGGCACCUUUGAGGCGAAACGAAAGUUCCUAAAUAGUUACGACUAUUUACUCUGCGAUGGCAGACUCUCUGGACAGGCUAGCGCAUUCCUGGGCAAGUUUACGCAAAAGCCUCGCAAUGUGCUGCAUCCGGUUCGUCUGAGCUUAAACAAGAAUGCUUUGCAAAAGGAGAUUUCCCGUGCUCUACGCCGUACUGCCUACCGGCAGCUUAAUAAGGGAGAUUUGAUUGCCAUUCCAGUGGGCAAUCAUGAGCACAGUACACAGCAAUUGGCUGAUAAUAUUCGUCUGGUUUUCCAGAAACUACAGUCACUCUAUCCAGGUGGUCUGGCCAAUAUACGUUCGAUUUUCAUAAAGAUUGAUAUCGCAGGAACGUCGGCACUGCCUUUAUAUUACAGUACGUGUGCCCCUCCAGCUGAUACACCCUAUGUGGUGGGUCCUCGUGAGCAGCGUAUGCUGAAGCUAAAGAAACAGGCCAACGAGGUGUUGUCCAGGUUUGCUCUGACCAAGGAUGCAGACUUUAUCAAAUUGACACCGGAUCAAGUGAAACAUAAGGCCGAAGUACGUGCAAAACGUGCAGCUGUGCUGGCUGGUGAAGUCGCGCCCGAGGAAGAUGCUGAAGUGCCAGCUAAAAAGGCACGAAAGGAUUCCUCAAAUGAAGCUGAGGAAGAGGUAGAAUCAGAUGAAGAGGAAUUGGUGGAAGAAGAAGAUGCAGAUGACGAUGAGGAAGACAAUGAAGAAGGCGACGAUGAUGAUGUGGAAGACGACGAUGAUGAAGAGUAGAAUAUGCUCCUUUGAUUUUUUCUUAAAAUAAGUUUAAGUUUUUUGAUAUGCUUACGACAAAUUGUUUUCUGUUUUGUAUUUUGAAACAGUUUAAAUUAAUAAAUCAAAUGGUUAUAGCAUGAGAUUCUUAUGUAAUUAUGUGAAUAACAUAUUCAUACAUUUGGACGCUUAUCGGAACACUCAUGGAAAACUUUUAUGUCAACCAAUAUAACUUCCAUUAUUAUAAUGAAAUUAUAGAUAAAUUUAAAACAAUA